CGCAGGCAACGGUGUGCAAAGAAGGACGUCAGUAUGGAUGGGCGGCAGGCGGUUUGCAGGUCUGCAGGGGGUGAGGGUGGUGGCCAACGGGCCGGGCAGAGCCCGUGUAGAGGUUCAAAGGCGGUGGAGCGGUCGGAGUACUCGCACCUGCCACCACACUUGCAGCCUUUGCCAGACACAUCGGACGAGGAGGAGGACGACAGACGUUCACGUGCCGUGGCACUGGGAAGCGGGUCUACACAGGAGUUGACGGCCACAGAGCUUUGUGGAAGCCACAAUCCCAGUUAUGGGCAGUCGUACACCCAGCUCCUCCAGCAGGGCCUGAGCGGCGACGAAGGAGAUGGACGUGUGAAUCUGACGUUCGGUCUGUGCAGUGGGAGGUCGUCAUCUUCGACGCGGUCAGUGCUAGUCGACAACCGUCCUGAUGACGACGGCGACCAGGUGACGGCUGUUGCACGAUCGUCGAAGUCUCCAGCGUCGUCGGUCCGCAUGGCGUCAGGGAACAACAGGGAUCCUUGUACGCAGCAAUACAUGGCGCCGGCUGCCUCAAGGGGUGCCUCGGCUCGCCCGUCGUGGAUGUUGUCCCCGUCUCCCUUGUCCGCCAAUUCGAGUGCGGCUCGCAAUCGGGGGGAAUGCCGGGAGCAUGAUUGCGGGAUCGAGGAAAGAGGUGACGCAUGCGACGGAAGGGAGGUGUGGGAAGAACAACGACGGAUGCUCCAUUCGCGACGGCAAAAAUCCAUAACACGGGGCGUGCAGCGACUGCAAGUGGUGGACGACGAAAACGAUGGCGACGCACCUGAUGUUCGCGGCAACGAUCAGGACUUGAACGACGAUGACUGCGGGGGUGGGGAGGACGACGCAUGGCAAGUGUCGCCAUCCAAGCAAGGCAGCAUGGGGGGGAAGGGCGGGAGGGCGAAGGCGUCUGUUCGCAACGGUCGGCGAGGGAAGAAGGCGAUGAGGAAGGGGAUCGACGUCGAAGCUGACGGCGAUGCAGAAGGCGGUCGUCAUUUCUGGUUUGUCGACGACAUGGUGGCCCUGAUACAGGCUAAACGUGACCAGGACGCGCAUUUGCAGGGAAUGGGCACCGCGUACGCUCGUAUGAAGCCGCGAGAAUGGAAGUGGUUGGAUGUGGAGCCAAGGCCUCCGCGCGUGCCCAUAAACUGGACAGAUGGACGAUCCUGACGUUGUGGCAACUUCCCGGGUAACGGACGAACACAUCCAGCACGAGCAAGUUCAAAUCCACGA